ACUGUCAAUAUUAAAAAUCAUAGAAAUUUAUGAACACAUGGAAAUUUUCAGUCAUUUACUCAUUCAGUAUAGUUUGGAUACAAUACAAUAUAUUUAUCGGUAAUGUUUAUGUUUUAUUUGAAAUAGUUGCUGCUAUUUGAACAGCAUGCUUCAUACUUCAAAUAUAUUCAUAAAAACUCCGUCUUAAUUCAAAUUUAAUUAUUAUAUUCUAUUUUUCGACCUGAAUUCGAGGUUAUAACACUCAAGAAUCAUUCUUGCAAUUAGAGCAUAAUGUACCGGUUUAGUAAAUUCUCAAUUUAUCGCAAUAUCACGAACAAUAAGUUUUUGUUUCGUACUUAUGCCAAAGAUCAAAAAAAACAUGGAUUUCUGGGAAGAUUUUAUGAAAAUUUCCGCGAAGAAAUAUCAAAGAACAAAGAGAUGAAAGAAUCUCUGAAAAAAUUCAGGGAGGAAGCCGAGAAAUUGGAGCAGAGUGAAGCUUUGAAAGCUGCUCGUCAAAAAUUUGAUACAGUUGAAAAAGAGGCUUCGAAAGGUGGAGAAAUUUUCAAAGGAAGAAUGAGUCUUAUCAAAACAAAAGUAAAAGUUAUAAUGGAUGAAGCUACCAAAACAGAAUUGGCUAAAAGGGCUGGAAAGAUAACUGAAGAAAUUGGUAAAACAACUAGUACAAUUUCAGAAAAAGCACAGGAAAUUGGUAAAACUGAAACAUUCAAAAGUAUUUCAGAGGCAACAAAAGCAGUGAAACAAGAAAUUGAUUCAACAGAAAUACAAGGAAGAGUUUAUGUCAGUCCUGCAAUACUAAGAAAAAGAACAGAGACAUCAGCAGUACAAAAUCAGAAGUAUUACGAACCUAACACUGAAGCUGUAGGAAUGGAAUUACAUAAAGAUUCAAGAAUUUAUGAAUCUUGGCAGAAUUUCAAAAAUAACAAUCCAUACAUAGGUAAAUUUAUAGAUUGGAAAUUAAAAUAUGAAGAAAGUGAUAAUCCUAUAGUUAGAGCAUCUAGGGCUUUAACUAAUGUAGCAUCUGAUAUGUUUGGAGGAUUAUUUGCUAAAACAGAGCUUUCUGAAACAUUGACUGAAAUAUGUAAACUAGAUAAUAGUUUUGAAACAAAAAGAUUUUUAAAACAGUGUGAAACAGACAUAAUUCCGAAUAUCUUGGAAGCAAUGACGAGGGGAGAAUUAGAGAUUCUGAAAGAUUGGUGUCACGAAGGACCAUAUAACCUUUUUGCGAUACCUUUCAAAGAAGCCUUAAAAAAAGGAUAUAAAAUUGACUCCAAAAUUUUGGAUAUUGAUAAUGUGGAUUUGAUGAUGGGCAAGAUUAUGGAACAAGGUCCUGUUUUAAUAAUAUCAUUUACCUCACAACAAGUAAUGUGUGUUAAGGACAAAGACGGAACUGUGGUUGAAGGAGACCCUAACAAAGUAAUGAGGGUGAAUUAUGUAUGGGUAUUAUGUAGAGAUAUUACAGAAACAGACCCAAGGGCAGCCUGGAGGCUUCUGGAUCUCUCUGCAAGCAGCAGUGAGCAAUUUGUUUAAUAUUAUAAGGAAAAAUAAAUGAAGAGAAAAGACUCCUUAAGUUGUCUCAUUAUUUUGUUGAAUAGCCAAUAUUGAUACUGAACUUCAUUCAGUUAAGAGAGUAAAUAAGGUUAAAUGUUAUUUCUCUAACAUUAUUUACUUCACUAAAAUGCUGGAAUUACUUGUAGAAAGUGGAAUCGAAUUUUCCUAACUAUGAUUCUGAACUUUGUGAUUUGUAUAGUUUUUAUAAAUACUUAUGUAUAAUUUAUAUAAUUUGAUCUUUGUAUAAAUUGUUGAAUUUUCAA